AUGGCCAAAGGUCUCACAGCUGCCAGAUUACAAAGGUGCAUCGGCGGAGCAUUUGGAAAUCCAGCAGACCUUGUAAUGGUUCGCAUGCAAAAUGAUGCAAAGUUACCAUUAGAAUUGCAACGUAACUAUAAGAAUGCGUUUGAUGGUCUUUAUCAAAUAAUCAAAGCGGAAGGAUUAAAAGGCCUUACUCGAGGUAUCGGACCAAACAUGAACCGAGCCAUCUUUAUGAAUUCAUCACAAAUAGCAUCGUAUGAGCAAAUUAAACAGUUGUUAUUGGAGACUAAAUUAUUUGGUGAUAAUAUGCAAAGUUUUGUGACCGUGUUUACUUCGACGAUUACUAAUGAAGGACCUCAAGCACUGUUCAAAGGUUGGGUACCAGCUUUUGUGCGGUUGACGCCACAUACAGUAGUGACAUUUAUGGUUUUAGAACAGAUAAAAAAGUUUUAUGAUAGGCGAAUUGAAUUAAGAAUAAAAGCUACUCAUGAUUGGAAAUAUCAUUAA